CUGAGAGUGACGUCUCUCACCACAACCCGUGCUAUAAAACACUUCAAGAAACCCCAAACCACCAUUUCUAACUUAUCCUCACACAUAGACAUACACUAUCUCCAAUCAAUUUUCCACGAUAAUGGCUGCCAUUGCAAGGGUUUAUCAAGCCCGGUUUGAAACUCACCCUGCUGUCACACUCGCCAUAACGAAUGGAACAUUGGCAGCAUUUUCGGACGUUGUCGCCCAGACAUGUCAAAUACUGCUCACAACGCCCCAAUCACAUCCACCCCGCUCUCUGGAGUUCGAUCCUCCUCCACCCAGGAGCCUGGAUUUUUCUCGCACUGCGCGCUUUGCAGUGUUCGGAAUUGGAAUGGGCCCUCUCCUGGGUCGAUGGAACUUGUUUUUGGAGAACAACUUCCCUCUAAGAUGCGUAGGCGGCAAAGUCAGCUUGAAAGCUCUUGGAAAGCGUGUCCUAACGGACCAGGCCCUGAUGGCGCCAACGGGACUCGCCAUUUUCAUCGGUUCUAUGGGUUUCAUGGAAGGUCGCAAUGCGGCCGGAGUACAGAAGAAGUUCGCCGACAUGUACAAGCCUGCCAUUAUCGCAAAUUGGCAAGUAUGGCCUCUCGCUCAGUUGGUGAAUUUUCGAUACAUGCCUUUGCCAUACCGCGUACCGUUCCAAGCAACUUGCGGAGUGUUUUGGACAUUAUACCUCUCACUACUCAAUGCCAGGGAAGAUAUUAAGCAGGAUGGACCGUAUCGAGCGAAGAAACUUACUCUAUGAUCUGACCC